CAACUCUGCUCGAAGCAUCAGAGCAGAAGAGGAUCAAGGGAAAUCUUCAUCCGGCGGCUAAACAAAACAGAAAGCAGCAGCAAUAAGAGGAAGAGGAGAGACAAAGAAACUAUAAGGAGGGAGGAUGUAUACCGUUUGGUUGCUGGUGGCCGUGGUGGUUGUCGGUGGGGCUGAAGGAGCAGUCGGCCAAUGCUGGAAGCACUCCAGCUGCCAGGAGCUGGACUCUGAGAGCAGCAUGACGGAGUGCCUCCAGCUCUGCCGCUCUGACCUCACCGCCGAGACCCCCCUCAUCCCAGGCAGCUCCCACCUCCAGCCUCCACCUCCCUCAGAUCCCUUCUCUUUCAUCUCUCCAUCCCCUCAAACCAAACGCUCCUACUCCAUGGAGCACUUCCGAUGGGGCAAGCCCGUCGGGCGCAAACGUCGCCCCGUCAAGGUCUACACCCCAAACGGAGUGGAGGAGGAGUCCUCUGAGGUUUUCCCAGGUGAGAUGAGGAGGCGGGAGUUGGCCAAUGAGCUGCUGGCGGCUGCAGCGGAGGAGGAGGAGAGGGCUAUGGAGGAGGUGGAGGAGGAGGAGGAGCGUCAGCAUCUCCUGGCUGGCCUGCAGGAGAAGAAGGAUGGCUCCUACAAGAUGAAGCAUUUCCGCUGGAGCGGCCCUCCCGCCAGUAAACGCUAUGGCGGCUUCAUGAAGAGCUGGGAGGAGGAUCGCCAGAAACCACUGGUGACGCUCUUCAAGAACAUCAUCAACAAGGACGAGCAGCAGUGAGAUUCCAGAAAAAAAGAAAAGAAAAAGGAGAAGUCAAAACACAAAAGGGGGGGGGGGAUUUGCCAUAAAUAAUCAGCAGGCAGCAAAGAGUUCUCAUUGGUUCUUUUGUUCCCAAUAAAAGACUCUGAAACUGCA